CGCCGUAAUAUGGACAAUUUGUCCCACAAUCGCCAUUUUAGUGUUGCUCUUGACGUCAGUGUAGUGCAUUCGACCCAUUUGCAUGUUUCAGAAGGCUGGGGGUAAGCCACGUGAUUCGGCAUUACAACGUGGAGUGCAUCAUAAAUACUUUCGUAUAAACGAAUUCAAGUGAGAGUGAAUUUGGAAUUGCAGUCUACCUGCGGGUAAGGUAUGGUGGGGCGAAAGCUGUUGCUGAGCGCUGUGGCGACUCUGACCUCCAGUGUGAGGGGAACGUCCCGUCUGGCAGGGACCAUGGUCGUGCCCAUACAGGAGGCGAAGCGCUUCAUGGUGGAGGCCAUGGUUGCUGUGGGCACAGUCCAGCAACACGCAGAGCAGAUGGCAGAUGUGCUGGUGGCUGCCGACUACAGGGGUCACUACAGCCACGGUCUGAACCGUCUCGAAAUGUACUUGGCUGACAUCGAAACCAAGACGACAGAUGCAAACGCCAAGCCGGCCGUGCUGAAGGAGUCGCCAGCAACGGCCUGGGUGGACGGCAACAAUGCGCUUGGCCCCGUGGUGGGCAACUUCUGCAUGCAGCUCGCCAUCCAGAAGGCCGAGGCUGUCGGCGUGGGAUGGGUUGUGGCCAAACGCUCUAACCAUUACGGGAUCGCAGGCUGGUACACGCGGACGGCCCUGCAACACGGACUACUGGGAAUGUCCUUCACGAACACGUCACCUUUGAUGGGCCCCACCAGAGCCAAGGAGGCUGCGCUCGGCACUAACCCCUUAUCGCUGGCCGCCCCGGGGAAAAACGGAGACAGCUUCGUCUUGGACAUGGCGACGACGGCGGUAGCUGUUGGCAAGAUCGAGAUGCAACGCAGGAAGGGAGAACCCAUCACAGAGGGCUGGGCGCAGGACCCUCAGGGGCAAAGCACCACCGAUGCAGACCUCGCCUUCAAGACGGGCUGUCUUAUGCCUCUUGGAGGUCCUGAGAUCACAUCCGGGUAUAAGGGCUAUGGAUUGGGUCUCCUCGUCGAGACUUUCUGCGGCGUCCUUGCGGGGUCUGCUUUCGGGCCUAAUAUUCGGCGCUGGAUGGAGAACACGGACAGACCCGCCGAUUUGGGCCAGUGUUUCGUGGCCAUCAACCCGCAAUUCUUCGCUCCUGGGUUCGAGGACCGAAUGAGCAGCCUCAUGGACCAUCUGAGGAGCAUGCACCCGGCAGACCCCUCGAAGCCAGUGCUGGUACCUGGUGACCCUGAACUCAAUCACAUGAAGAUGGUGGAUGAACAAGGAGGCGUGCCUUACCACGAGAACCAGCUGAAAGCCUCGGCAGCCCUAGCCAAGAGACUGGCCAUCAGACCCCUGCAGGAGGCAUAAAGCGCGCUGGCUACAGCGAUAUUCCAUUGUUACAUGUUAAUCUUCAUAUCUUGUUGUAAUGAAUAAUGUUCCACGUGAUUCACUUCAGUGUCUGCAUUUGUGACUUUAAGCUGUUCAGCAUAGCUGAUACACAGUAAUAUGGUCAUAUUAUGUGAGAAACCAUAGUAACCUUCCCUCAGAUAUAAGGAAUUGCACUUGAAACUGGACCGAUGCCAGAGCCCGGUUCAGAGAAGGAGUUAGUGAGUGAGUCCUCUCUCGCAUCACCCCCAUAGACGGGGAGUGACCAGUAGUAGUCAGGCAUUUCUUCUCAUCAAAGAGGAGGCCUCAUUUAAAAAUAUGUAAAAGUCUUGGAAGGAACAAAAAUAUGGGACCCAAAACCAAGACUGACUGUACUAAUUGGCAUACCUGUUGUUACUGAAAAUUAACACCUUCAUUGCAAAGCCUAUUUUUUACAAUAUCUGAGACCCGCUAUUCAACGACAAAGCCCACAAAUGUAUUCUAUCUGAAGUCAACUAGAUAUACCACAAAGCCCACAAAAUAUACAGGAUCUGAGGUCCGUUACUGCAACAUAAAACCCACAAAGAGACUUAUAUCUCAGAUCCAGUACAGUAUCUUAGAUCCCUUAUUCAAACUUAAUGCCCUCUGAUUCCAGGCCUGAGCUAGACAUGGCUUAUGAUGAUUGCAUAAAAUAUGAAUUACAGUAAAACUAAGACAAAAAUCUGUAUGAAAAGAAAUCAACAGUCCCCACACUCAUGAAAAUGUUUUCAUAAUAGUCCAUGGAGAGUUCAAAUGGGACAUGACUAGAAAAAUAAACAGUUGUCUUUA